AUGGGUCAGACUUUGUCUGAACCUGUUACUACCAAGGAAACCUCCAGCUGUCAGAACCAGUUCUUAAAAGUUGGUUCUUCAUGUAUGCAGGGAUGGAGAAUAAAUAUGGAGGAUGCCCAUACACACCUUUUGUCACUGCCAGGUGAUAAGGAUGCUCAGUUCUUCGGGGUAUUUGAUGGUCAUGGAGGUGCCAAAAUAGCUCAAUAUGCAGGGAUCAAUCUUCAUAAGAAAAUUGUGUCACAUCCAGCUUAUUCUCAGGGAAAUGUGCCUGAAGCAAUUCGACAGGGCUUUCUAGGACUGGAUGAAGAAAUGAUCAAAGAUGAAGCCAUGAAAGAUGAGCUAGCAGGAACAACAGCUGUGAUAACAAUAUUCAAAGGCAAUACCAUCUACUGUGGUAAUGUUGGAGACUCCCGUGCUGUAGUUAGCAUAAAAGGUACAGCAGAACAACUGUCACAUGACCACAAACCAGGCAAUGAAUCUGAAACCAAGAGGAUCAUUUCUGCUGGAGGAUGGGUAGAGUUUAAUAGAGUGAAUGGUAAUUUAGCACUUUCUAGAGCACUGGGUGAUUUUGUGUUUAAGAAAAAUGAAAAAAAAGGUCCAGAGGAACAGAUAGUUACAGCAUAUCCCGAUGUGAUUGAGAACCGUAUCACACCAGACCACGAGUUCAUUGUCUUAGCCUGUGAUGGUAUCUGGGAUGUUCUUACUAGCCAGGAAGUUGUAGAUUUUGUUAGAGCCCGGAUUGCUCAAGGCAUGGAACCAGACAUUAUUUGUGAGGAGUUGAUGACACGCUGUUUAGCACCAGACUGUCAAAUGGGUGGACUUGGGUGUGAUAAUAUGACUGUGGUGUUGGUUUGUUUUUUAUUUGGUCAGAGUUAUGAUGACUUGAUUAAAAAGUGUGCCAAGCCUGGUGCACGAGGGGCUUCCACUGCGCAUCUCACAAGUUACCAGGCCAGCUACAACAGGGUCGAUCUCAAGUGAUAUUACUAAUCAUCUUGUAUAUGGAACUCCAGCAAUAAUGUGUCUCUUCACCAUACAGAAUGAUUUUAAUUUUAA